UUGUUUAUGUGUUCGCCAUAUGUCUCAGUUUAUUUUCCAUCAAUAUCAAUAAAUUUACGUUAACUUGGCUAGUAGUUGUCUUAUGAUGUUGUAUCAAGUGGAAUAUAAUCUCUUCAAAAUAAUACGCAAAUGAAUGAUGUAGAACUAGGGAAACUAGGUAAUAAUGUUAUAUUUUCGUGUAACUUCUUCCGUUGAAAAAUGAUGGCUCAUCAUAAUAGGAGGCCUGUGAUGGAGAUUGAAAAGGUGCGAUUCUGGACCGAUCCAUCUGUAUUGAUUAUAAACACGUCGUUAAAAGUCAAUCUUGCCGUCAUUAACACCUGAUUUGGACAAUGCUUAGAGUGAAAAGUUAGGCUGAAGAUAACAUUGUUAUCCUUUCCUAUUUCAACGGAAUAUCCAGCUAGGAACAACCUAUAGGAAGGUAUAUUAUUGAUGCAUAAACCCUUGCUGAAAAUGAAUGACAAAAAGGACCUCGAAAUUGUGACAUUCAACUAAAAUUCCCAAAAUUCACUUUUCGAAAUAUUUCUUGGAAUCAUUAUGAAGAUGUCUCCACCCCUACUACGAUCGGUGGAAGGGGGUGAAUUUUUCUGUAUAAAAUGAACUGCCAAAAAGUUUUCUGCACAGUUCUCAGUUAACUUUCGAAUAGUGUCUAGAAGUUUUGGUGCGAUAAAGAUUUUGAGAAAAUGGGUUUCCUUUCAAAGUUAGUUAACGCGGUAGAGAAGCGACCACACUUGUGGUUCGCUGGCAGGGAUGCCGAUUGGAAAGAUGUCGCCGACGAAGUCUUCAGCGAUGAGUACUACGAUUGGAUCGUAGAGGAAAUCGAGGAGAAAGCUAUAUUGUGCAGAGAAGAAUGGGAAAUUCUUCGAUGCCAGUACCUGGGGUACAUCGACUUCGUGGACCGUAGUAUUUACACGAAACAAAAAUACUACCACGACGGCUACGACAUAUUUCCCAUAGCCCUCGAUUUCCUGGGGGUCCCAUCUAAUCGAGGAGCCCGCCUCAAUAAGGCGAUGGAAUAUGGGACCCCCAUACGUUCAUCCGAUUAUGGAUAUCGGAUAUCUAGGCCAGAUGAAUAUACCCAAGAAGAGAAGUGGAUGAUUGAAGAGUUCUUAUGGAGGAGAAACCUGCCAUCUCCUCAGAGUAGGAAUCCUGCAGAAUAUGAAGGAGCAUGGCAGGAUUUCCUCCGAAACGGCAGACCGCCGGUUGAUCACGAUCCGGACUCCGAUAAGGAAAAGGAAAGCCAGACAGAUGCUGCAGAAGGGCCGCCUAAAGUCCGGAGACGGUUGUUCGCUUAGGGAGGAAUUAUGUUUUAUUUAUGUACUUUUAAGUUAUUUAUUUAUUUAUUAAAUUUCUGUAUUAUA